CGAGUGCGGACGCGUUUGGCGGACAGAAAACAAAAGGAAAGCAACAGCAGCCAGUACCACAAAAGCUGUAAACAAACCCAUAUAGGGGCCCACGUUCGCGAGUGUCCAUAUGUGUGAUUAGUUUCGUUGGAUAUAACCAAUCCGAUCCUUAAACGGCAUCCAUCAUGCCCGAAAUCAUCGAGCUGAACGUCGGCGGCGUGAGCUACACGACCACACUGGCCACACUGCAGCAGGAUAAGAGCACGCUGCUGGCGGAGCUCUUCGGCGAGGGCCGCGAUUCGCUGCCCAAGGACAGCAAGGGUCGCUACUUCCUGGACCGCGACGGCGUCCUCUUCCGCUACAUCCUGGACUUCCUGCGCGACAAGGCGCUGCACCUUCCCGAAGGAUUCCGCGAACGACAGCGGCUGCUGCGGGAGGCGGAACACUUCAAGCUGACCGCCAUGCUCGAGUGCAUCCGCAACGAGCGGGACGCACGACCGCCUGGAUGCAUCACCAUCGGCUACCGUGGCAGCUUCCAGUUCGGUAAGGACGGACUGGCCGACGUCAAGUUCCGGAAGCUGUCGCGCAUCCUGGUCUGCGGCCGUGUGGCCCAGUGCCGUGAGGUGUUCGGCGACACGCUGAACGAGUCGCGGGAUCCGGAUCAUGGCGGCACGGAUCGGUACACCUCGCGGUUCUUCCUGAAGCACUGCUACAUCGAGCAGGCUUUCGACAAUCUGCACGACCACGGAUACCGCAUGGCCGGAAGUUGCGGAUCCGGAACCGCCGGCUCGGCAGCGGAACCCAAGCCGGGCGUGGACACUGAGGAAAACCGCUGGAACCACUACAAUGAGUUCGUCUUCAUCCGGGACUAGGAAGCUAAUGGAGCCACUCCAGAACACCCCACACAAUCCAGUUCUGUAACGUUAUUUUUUCUUUGUGCGUGAUUUGUUUUGGAAUUAGCCUUCGGAUAGCCAGACCCAUCAUAGGGACAAGGAUCAGGAUGAGGGCGCACAGAUUUCAAUGGCUUUAGUUUGAACCCACCUCUUGAUAUACAAAUGGGAACAUUUCGAAUGUACAAUUGAACUAACAAUCCACACUUAAGUCUAGAAAAUUAUUGACACACAUAGAUAACUAAAUGCUAGACGUGUUUCCAUAUAUUGCCUUGAUUAUUUCUACCUUGCUUACGCGUUCAUCUUAAAUCAGGGUGGGCCCCAUUAAAUUCUGCGCCAGACUCUUUGAUGAAUGAAAAGCGAUUCGGAUUUACUGGCUGACAAGAAGUGAAAACAAUUCGGCAAGUGGAGAUAACAAAGCAAAGCGAACAUUUUAUUAGCCCCAACUUUUGUUGAUCCAGUGCAGUAUAAACAAGAUGAGAAGAAAACAUUAAACAGAUCCGCAUCAAGGAAACAAACUCAAACGAGAAAGGAACUUACCACAUGGAUAACGUUGUAAUUGUGGUCAAUCAAUCACACUAAAAUCACAUACUGAACAAUUUGAAAUACGGGUUACUUUUUGAAACAAACUAACGAAAUAUUGUAGCAACAGAUACCACAAGCAACCAAACUGAAACCCAAGCAAAUGGUAAAUAUAAAGUUUUAUUAGUCUAAUAAAAGUCGAAACUUGAACUAAAGAAUAUACAAAUAGCAAAAUAGGACAACGGCGAACAACAUGUGGCCCCGAAAAAAAACGUUGAUUCAAGCCCCAAAGCAGCCUGCAAUCCAUAAAACUCAAAAACGAAUCGAUACUAGAAGUACAUUUACUAACAAACCAAACAACGGCUGUCAUAAGAUACGCCCCUUUUGCCAUAACUCUUAAAUCGUUUCCGAUUCCAAGAAAUGCCACCGGAUUCGCAUGGCAACACUUGGCCGGCAACUUGGGGUCCUGCAUCAACAAUUGGAAGCGAUUUAAUAGUGAAUUUUAAAAAAACAUCUGAGCCCCAAUAGCACUUUCAUCCACCGGAUUUCAUGGCCAAUCCAACACCCAUCAUUUGUCCAAGCCAAAUGAGAAGAGUUAUUCGAUUAUAAAUUAUUAGUGAACUGCAAUGAGAAAUGCCAAAUACAAAAUACCAAAACGGUCACAAGGACUUCCAGAAUUACGAUGGGAAUACGACACAUACGAAACUAAAUUUGCUGAACUUUAGAAAGGCUCUGUUAUUAUUAUUAUUGAUUUUAUCAACAUUGUGUUUUUGGGAGCGAAUCCAUGAAAAUGUUUUUUCGCUGACAUAUCUCGCAUCGCAGUUUCGACAUUUCCGCAGGUUUGUUGCGUCAUGAAAUUUCACUUGAAAUUUAUGGAUCGAAGCGCUUGGGCGGAAAUCUGAAUGGAAAUGCCGAUGCGCAACAUUGAAAUAAAACACUCAUGAAAUUUACGAACAAAUUGUAAAAAACAAUAAAUUCUAUAAAUCGUGUGUAAUGAGGCUAGCAGCAUACAAACAUACAUAUGUAAUCAUCAGCAAUAGUGUGCAUUGAAAACUAUUAAGCCCCAUUACGAGUAUAUACUGACCCUGACUCGAUGUGAGUUGACGGCUCUUACGCAGAUAAUAUGAAUCGAUAUAUAUACAAAUAUCUAUAUAUACCUAAUUAUAUAUUAAAAAAAUUGUCGAUAUUGAAAGUAUCUUAUAAAUGUUUAGUAUUAUAUGUAAUUGAAUCCAGAUUGAGCGGCAAUGGCAAGGCGACCGAUAUGUACUGUAUCAUUAAUUAAAUUAAACUGAAACUAAUUCACAUUAACUAAAACGAAAUGUAAAAUGUACUUAGAGAAGCGCGAAGUAAAACUGCUAAAAUAGCCAAUCAAUGUGCGACUAAGCAAGCAUAUGUAUGUAAAGAGGUAUAACUUGCGAAAAGCGAAAAGCAAACAAUAAAUUAA